UCAUGCUGCUGCCAGGUCCAGAGUCUCUCAUGGGUCCCUGUACGGCCUCACCAUUGCUGCUGUCUCCAUCGCCAACACUGCCUGCCAUGUGGCCACUUUCAGAUCUCCUCACACACUGCUGGUGUGUUGCACAUUUUUUGACAUAGGUGCAUGGCAGAUUACGGGCCUCCAUAGCUGCAGCCAGGCCCCCUAAUCUGCCAUGGGCCCCCUAUACCGCCUCCUCAUGCUGCUGCCAAGUCCAUGAGUCUGUCAUGGGUCCCUGUACGGCCUCCCAUUGCUGCUGUCUCCAUCGCCACACUCUGCCAUGUGCCACUUUCAGGUCUCCUCACACUGCUGGUGUGUUGAAAUUUUUUGAC